AUGCAAGAAUUCUUUCGAUAUUUCUGUUUCACUGUAAUUGCAUUAUUUGUCCUAUCUUCUAGUCUCGUUCAAUGUGGAAAUGUAUUACCAGAAUCAGUUAAACGUCAUAAAGCAUCAUUAAGAAAUAUCGAUUAUAUAAAUAUGUGUAUGUUUCGAAAAUCUCGAUUAUGUUAUUUUCUUCGUGAAAUAAAUAAUGGAAGAUUUGAUGAAAAAAAAGAAGAUCAAGAAAUCUGGAAACGUGGUGUUAGUCGAUUCUACAGUAAUUGGUAG